AUGCAUUAGAAGACAUCUUCAAAUUAAAAGGUUUUCAACAAUCAAUAUCAGAUCGUAAAAAAACUUUCCUCAGGUUCAUUUGGUGUAGUCUUCCUUGGGAAUGACUUGCUGACAAAAUAAGAAGUAGCAAUAAAAGUGGAGAAGGAGGAAAAUGAGGAAGUUCGUUCACUUGAGAGAGAAGUGCAGAUUCUAAAAAAAUUGGAUGGAGCAGAGGGGUUUCCGAAAUAUUUUUGGUCUGGUGAAGAUUAAGGUUAUAAUAUUUUGGUAAUCUAAUUGUUGGGGAAGGACUUGGCUUAUCAUUUUAAACAAUUGAAGAAAUUCUCUCUAAAAACUGUAUUGACUCUAGGGAUUUAGGCAGUAUAGAUUUUAGAGAGAUCUCAUUAAAAAGGAGUUAUUCAUAGAGAUUUAAAACCAGAAAACAUGAUUCUUGGAGUCGGUAGAGAAAUCUCCAAAUUAUACUUAAUUGAUUUUGGCAUUAGCAAAAUAUAUAGGGAUGCCAAUGGGAAACACAUAUCUUUUAAAGAGUAGAAAUCCUUUUUAGGAACCACCAGAUAUGCAUCCAUAGCAGCUCAUUUGGGACAUGAAUUAGGAAGAAAAGAUGACCUGGAGUCUUUGAUGUACAUUUUGUUGUAUUUCUUACGUGGGUAUUAAGUUAUUUAGUAAUCAAGAUAGUUGCCAUGGUAGAAUAUGGUUAAUGUCACUGACGACGAGAGAACAAAGAAGGUUGGAGAAAUGAAGUUAUCCCUUGAACAUGAGCUAUUUAAGGAUUAGACAGGAGAGUUAUAAAGAGUAUAUGAUUACAUAAGAAGGUUAUAAUUUAAAUAAGAGCCUAAUUAUAAAAUGAUUUUGCAGGAGUUGAAAAGGGCUGCAGAUUCCACAAAUACUGUGAUAGAUGGUAAUUUUGAUUGGACUGAAAUUAAGUCAUCCACACAUUAUCAGACAGAUACAAAUUAAAAUCUAAGUCGUAAUAACAUUCCACUUAAUUCCAAUGAGAUGAAAAAAUCUAUUGAAAAAUAACUUUCAGGUCUUGUACAACAUGGAUCUAACAAUCUAUUGGCUCCACCUCCUGUAGGUUCUGCUCGCAAUGCUUUCUAAAGAGAUGAUAUUCGUAAGAAUUCAAGUCUCACUUAAUAAAGCAGUAUUAAUUAUUGCUAAUCUCUCAAUCCAAAUUAUUAGAAAUCAGUUUGUGAAGAGCCCUUGAAUGAAGAAUAAUAACGCUAUUAUGAUUUUGAUAGUGUUGAAAUUAGUGAGAAUUAAAAAACAGACAGUUCUCUUCAUAAAAAAUACGAUAAAAUGAAAAUGGGAAUUUUUGUGCAUUUUCUCCCAAAAACAAUAAAACUCAAAUGA